UACGCUGGACAAGUGAAUCAGCUGCAGUUGUCUGAAAACACUGACACUAAUCUGUGAAAACUGAAGAAAAUGGCUUUGAAACGAAUUAAAAAGGAACUCCUAGAUUUUGAGAAAGACCCCCCAGCUGGUUGUUCAGCUGGAGCAGAAGAUGGAACUGAUUUAUAUCGCUGGCAGGCAGUUAUACAGGGUCCAGAGGAAAGUCCUUAUGAUGGUGGUGUGUUCAGUCUCUCGAUCCAGUUUCCAACAGACUACCCCUUUAAGCCUCCUAAGCUUGCGUUUUUAACGAAAAUCUACCAUCCUAAUAUAAACAGUAACGGAAGUAUCUGUCUAGAUAUACUCAGGUCAAAGUGGUCUCCAGCUCUAACAGUAUCAAAAGUUUUAUUAUCCAUCAUAUCCCUGCUGACUGACCCUAACGCUGAUGACCCCUUGGUUCCUGAAGUGGCGAAGGUUUAUAAAGUUGACCGAAAAAAGUAUAACAAGACGGCAAAAGAAUGGACAAUGAAAUAUGCUCGAAGCUAUUGAUGUCUGUGGAGCUCAAGAGUCGAGUUUAGUAUUGUUGGAAGUCAAGGACUCAAGUCUGUCUGGAACAGUUUACAACAACAGUUUUGAAGACUGGAUAUUGAUUGAAGGCACGCACACUUUCCACUCACUCAGUGUACAUCAUGGCUGACUGAUGUCUUAGCUUUUGCUGUUUGAAAGAAUCAGUUGUUGAUUUGGAUAAUUAUUUUGAAUACUGUUGCAGGAAUAGGUGAUAAUGCUUACAUGCUAGCUCUUAUUUCUGUGUAAUAGUGUUGGGAAUUGGUUGAAAUCUCACAAUUGCUGAUUGUUUCAUUACCAACGAACAAUCAUCGAAAAAAAUUGGUUAGCGUCAUUUUUCAG